CAACCUUAAUGUGUUUAUUCGAUGGUGGACUUUGAGGUUGUUUUUAUUCGUAAAACAAGUGAUUGGUUUCAAGCAAAGUUAUAAAUCGGUUAAAAUGGAAAGCCUGGAUACUCCUCAAAUCAUAACACACAUUGAGCACAACAUCAAUCACUCCAUAUUUGAUUGCAAAUGGAUUCCAUGCUCUGCAAAGUUUGUUGUUAUCGGUUGCAUACCCAAAGGACAUGGAACGAUUGAAAUCUUCGAGAUAACUGCAGGUGAAGUGAAAAAAAUAAAGGAGAUUGAAAGGCCAAACUCUUUUAAAUGUGGAACGUUCGGUGCGACCAGCGAUAUAGAGAGAAGAUUGGCUACAGGCGAUUUUAAGGGUACUUUAGAAAUAUGGGAUUUGGAGAAGAGCUGUCAAGUGUACAUUACGAAGGAGCACACAGACAUAAUAAACUCGAUAGAUGGCAUGGGUGGCAGCACAGUCGGCUGUGGGGCGCCAGAAAUUGUCACCGGCAGCAGAGAUGGCACAGUAAAAGUUUGGGAUCCGAGGCAGCGGGGCAAGCCCGUGGCAAACAUGCAGCCAGUGAAAGGAGAGGGUAAGCGGGACUGUUGGUCUGUCUGCUUCGGGAACUCAUUCAACGACUCGGAGCGGAUUGUCGUGGCCGGCUAUGAUAAUGGAGACCUCAAGAUGUUUGAUCUGAGGACCAUGUCGCUGAGAUGGGAAUGUAACUUGAAGAAUGGGGUAUGCCACGCAGAAUUUGACCGCAAAGACAUCCCCAUGAACAAACUCGUGGCGACCACGCUCGAGGGCAAGUUCCACGUGUUUGACGUGCGCACUCAGAAUCCUACCAAGGGAUUUGCGCAGGUAUUAGAAAAUUCAGUGAAAAGCGGCACCAUUUGGGUGGCGCGACAUCUGCCGCAGAACCGGGACCUAUUCGUGACGUGUUCCGGGAACGGGCAAGCGUCUCUCUGGAAAUACGAAUACCCAGAGCAGAGGUUCCGCAUGGACCAGCAAGGGGUCUCCGUCGGGGUCCCCGGGACCCUGAAGCGAUUACAACGCAUGGUCGUAAGCACCCAACCUAUUAACGCGCUGGAUUGGAACCGGGACCACCUUGGCCUGGCCGUGGCUACUGCCUACGACCAGUAUGUGAGGGUUAUUGUCACGACUAAGCUGAAUAUACAAUAAAGUAUUUAUU